GUUCACUCAGUGUCCUCUAGUUUCCUAAAUCGUCGAUACAUAAUUCCACUCGUUAAUUAUGUCGGAUACUGCUGGAAAGGUAAUCAAAUGUAAAGCUGCUGUAGCUUGGAAGGAGAAGCAACCUUUGUCAUUAGAAGAGAUUGAGGUGGCACCUCCAAAAGCUCACGAAGUGAGAAUUAAAAUUACAGCUGUGGCUUUGUGUCACACCGAUGCAUACACUUUAGACGGGUUAGAUUCUGAGGGAAUUUUCCCAUGCAUUCUUGGACAUGAAGGUAGUGGUAUUGUUGAAAGUGUUGGAGAAGGAGUUACAGAAUUCAAACCAGGUGACCAUGUAAUCCCAUUGUACAUUCCUCAAUGUGGGGAUUGUAAAUUCUGCAAAUCACCAAAGACAAAUUUGUGCAGCAAAAUCCGUACUACACAAGGCAAAGGUCAAAUGCCCGAUGGUACUUCUAGAUUUACUUGCAAAGGCCAGACCCUUGCUCAUUUCAUGGGUUGCUCUACUUUCUCUGAGUACACCGUAGUGGCAGAUAUUUCUCUUGCCAAAAUUGAUCCUGCUGCACCUCUUGACAAAGUAUGUCUGUUGGGCUGUGGAAUAUCUACCGGAUAUGGUGCUGCUCUGAACACUGCCAAGGUUGAACCUGGUAGUUCAUGUGCUAUAUGGGGACUGGGUGCAGUUGGACUAGCAGCUGCACUUGGUUGUAAAAAAGCUGGUGCCAAGCGUAUAAUUGGAAUAGAUGUGAAUCCAAGUAAAUUUAAGCAGGCUAAAACUUUUGGAUGUACCGAACUCAUUAAUCCUAAGGAUCAUAAAAAACCAAUUCAGGAAGUGUUGGUAGAAUUAACCGAUGGUGGAUUAGACUAUACUUUUGAAUGUGUUGGUAAUGUAAAUACUAUGAGAGCUGCAUUGGAAUCUUGUCAUAAAGGUUGGGGAACAUCCGUUAUCGUGGGUGUCGCUGCAGCGGGUCAAGAAAUCAGUACACGUCCAUUCCAGUUGGUAACUGGACGCGUCUGGAAAGGAACCGCAUUUGGCGGCUGGAAGUCUAAGGAGAGUGUUCCUAAACUAGUAAAAGAGUACAUGUCGAAAUCGCUGCUUCUCGACGAAUUUAUUACACACACUCUUCCAUUUGAUAAGAUUAACGAAGGAUUCGAUUUGUUGCACUCAGGCAGCUGCUUAAGAGCAGUACUGAAGUACUGAGAAAAAAAAUAAACAUAUUAGUACUGUGUACCAAUUUUGAUACUCUUUGUAC